AUGCCUCCCAAGCGAAAGACCAAUGAUGUCGAAACCAAUCCGACGUCAACCUCUGGCCCAGUGAAGAGGCAGAGAGUAUCACGGGCCUGCGAUCAGUGCAGAAGCAGCGCGCGAGAGAAGUGCGACGGCAUCCAACCGCAGUGCUUCGCCUGCGUCUCGCUCAACCGGGAGUGCACCUACAACGUCGCACCCAAGAAGCGAGGCGUCCAGACUGGCCUCAUCCGCACCCUCGAGUCGGCUCUCGUCUGGGUUUUCGAGCAGUUCCCCGGCACUGAGGCUGCCUUGAAUGACUUGCUGGCCCAGGAAUCCGGCCCAGAGUCCCUCCUCAUUGGUAAGGAGAGCGAGGCCGGUAGCCGUCUUCAUCGACGAUGGAGAAAGUCCAAAACAUGCAAGGAGAUUGAUCGACUCUUGUCCGGCAGAGAUGGCUCGAGCCCCAGGAUAGAAGGAUCCGAGGAGGAUGAGUCCAGCACAGAAGCAGAUCAGCUGGCUGCCCAAUAA